AUGGCAACGUACGAAGCAGAAAGUUUUUUAUGGAUCAGCAUUGUUAUCGUGUGUUACUCGCUUACGCACGAACCAUCAACACGCUCUGAUAGCGAUGCCGAUAGUGAAAGCAUGAAUAAACGUGGUUUUGACAAGGAAAAUGAGCAUUUAGAAAUGGUAGGAUCAAAAAGGAAAAAUGGUAAGUCGCAACACUUUUCCUUUUAUGCUUUGCUUUUAUGUUUUCCUUUUAUGUUUUCCUUUUAUGUUUUCCUUUUAUGUUUUCCUUUUAUGUUUUCCUUUUAUGUUUUCCUUUUAUGUUUUACAUUUUUAUUUAACCUUCCCCCCUCCGGCCCUGCCCCUUUUCACCCCGUAUUUCUAUUUUGCUCGUUCUCCUUCAUUUCCAUCCUUGUUCACAUUUCAUGCACCACGCUCGUACCCUCGCACUCAUAUUUUACAUACGGUACAGCGCACCUAUCAUGGUCCUACCAUAUUAUCACAGUGCACCCUAAGCAUCAGCACCUCUCACAGUUUUCGUUCUUUUUGAAAAUAAAGGCAUUUAAUAAUUAUUAA